AUAUUUGACGCCUUAUUCACCACAUGAAUUUCGUUGCUCAGGGCCACAAGGACCACCUGGAAAAAUGGGUUUGCCUGGCAAUCGUGGUCAUCCUGGAAAAAUAGGGCUACUUGGAGUAGCCGGACCACCAGGCGAACCGGGAGAAAGAGGAGUUACUGGUGAAAAAGGAAACUUAGGCUUUACUGGUCCUACAGGAAUGCAAGGUGAUAUUGGACCGCCCGGAGAUGUAUGUCUUACCAACGCAGGUGAAAAAGGAUAUUCAGGUAAACCAGGAUUACAGGGUGCACCUGGACCAAUAGGAUUACCAGGAGAAAAAGGUCCGACAGGUAAACGUGGUAUUAAAGGCGAUACAGGUGAACCAGGACUAAAAGGAAUUAACGGUGACAAAGGUGAUAGAGGAACCACUGGCAUUGAAGGUCAAAAAGGUCGAAAAGGUGAGUGCGGGAUGCCUGGAGAAAAAGGAAAAAUGGGAAAUCCUGGAGUUGAAGGAGAUUCUGGGAAACAAGGCAACCCAGGAAAACGUGGUUUAAAUGGAAAUCCUGGAAAGCCUGGUAAUGAUGGUACUCCAGGGUUAGAUGGCCAAAAAGGUAUUGAUGGUCAAAAAGGAAAACAAGGAGAAAAAGGUAUAAAAGGAGAGCCUGGUGCUAAAGGAGAAUGUGGGUUAGCGGGUAAGAAAGGAUCGAAAGGUGAAAAAGGUGCUAUUGGAAAAAAAGGAGAACAGGGAUCAAUAGGUGCGCCUGGAUUUAGAGGAUCUCCAGGGAUGAAUGGUGUAAAAGGAGAAAAAGGCAACAUUGGCAAACCUGGAGUGGAAGGACCGCAAGGAAAAGAUGGUGUGAAUGGUGAAAAUGGUUCUGAUGGUGAUCAAGGAAAUGUUGGUAUAGAUGGAAAUCCAGGUAAACUCGGCAAUGACGGCAUUAGAGGAGAACCAGGCUCUGUAGGUAAUCAAGGAAAUAAUGGUGCUAAUGGAAAAGAUGGAGAAAACGGGGCACCUGGUCAACAAGGUCAAAAAGGAGAAAUGGGUCCAAAAGGUUUAAAGGGAGAAAGAGGUUGCAUAGGAGUACCAGGAAAGAAAGGAAACGUUGGAAUUUCAGGCGAAAAAGGAGACAGAGGCUUUCCAGGACCUGAUGGGGUUCAAGGAGAAAAAGGAAGUGCUGGUGAAAAAGGCUCAAGUGGUGUAAAAGGCUUGCCUGGUUUACAAGGCAAAAAAGGAAAAGAAGGAGCACAAGGAAUUAGAGGAUAUAGAGGUGCAAAAGGUGAAAAAGCAGAGCAAUGCAGUCCUGGGAUUAAAGGUGACGCUGGAAUCCCAGGAAAUUUAGGACCACCAGGAGAAAAUGGACCAAUGGGCUAUCCAGGAAACAAGGGUGAAAAAGGUUCAGAUGGAGACGCAGGUGAUACCGGCUAUCCAGGAGCUAAUGGAAUACAAGGAAGUCCAGGAUUACCCGGUAAAAAAGGUAGAACAGGAAUGAAAGGAAACCAAGGAGAGAAAGGAAACAAAGGAGUUUCUGGUCAUCCUGGCCUUAAAGGAUCAACUGGUGCUCCAGGAUCACAAGGACUACCGGGGGAUGAAGGCUUUCAAGGUCCUAUAGGAGAAAAAGGAGAUGUGGGUCUGCCAGGAGCAAUUGGAGCAACUGGUGUCCCUGGGGAAUCCGGAGAUAAAGGUGAAAAAGGUUUUAUCGGAGAGAACGGAAAAGAUGGCGAGAACGGACUACCAGGCACGAAAGGGGAAAAAGGAGAUGAUGGCACUCAAGGGCUUCAUGGAAAGAAAGGGCCAAAAGGAAAAGAAGGACCACCAGGACUGCAAGGCUUGACGGGAAAGACAAGCGUCUUAACAUGCAGCUUUCGAGAAAAUAAAGCGCAAUCGGUCGUUAAGUGUAAGCAGGAUGAAUUUGCUACUUGCUGUUCGUGUGAUUCGUCAAGCUCUGGUUAUAAAAUUAAAUAUGGCAAUGUAUGCGUAUGCCUCGGAUCAGUUAUUGGAGACUAUAGUUUUGGAAACUAUGCCGGUGCUAUUUGUUGUAACUUAACUAACAAUUUAAUGAAAAAACCGUAUGAAGAAACAAAAAAACCAUAUGAAGAAACAAAAAAACCAUAUGAAUCGAUGGAUAGUUUUUAAAGGUUUCGCAUUAAAACUUGCAAAUAAUCUUUAAUUUAGUAAAUCUUUACGCUAGACAUAUAUUUGAAAUUUGUAAAUUUGUAAAUUCU